CAAAGGUACAGCCGCACAGUGCGUCGAGCUGAGACAUGGAGCUGACCGGCUGUGAGCGCAAAUAAACCGAGGAGGACACCAGACGAAGAGUGGGAAUACAAACCAUGAUUGAUUCUGACUAGGACAAAAACAAAUCUUCACAUCUAAAGCCAGGACCCCCUCAGAGACAGCAGCGUCAUGACACCAGUCCUGCAUUGAGCCUCUCCUCGUGGGUUGGCAUGGCCCAGCGAUGAACGGAGCGGUGGUGCCCGGUAGCCCGGAGCUCUCCUCCUCGUGCCCGCUGCCAGACUGGCGAGAGUUCUGUGAGCUCCAUGCCAGAGCCUCUGCUGCAGACUUCGCCGACAAGUUCCAACGCUUCCUGUUGGAAAACCCGAUCUACGACUCGCCUGGUGCCGAUGCCAGCUUCUCACAGCACUUUGCCCACCACUUCCUGGAGUGCUUCUCUGCCGCACUGACCCAGGCCCGGGAGAACCAGGCGUCCUCGCCGGGAGAGGACGGCUCCAACACAGCGCCCAAGUACAGCAUUGUUCCUUUCCUGGGAAUCCAGGGCUGUCCGCUGUCCUAUGGUCACGACAUUUAUCAGAGACGCAAGGACGCGGGGGCUUCAAGUGAAUCCCUGGACAGCAUGGACAGCGGAGGGGGAGGGAUAGACGGGGCAGGCAGUGCCAGCGCCUCCCGAGGCCCCCAGUCCACCCACAAGGUGUCCGCUCUGGGACAGUCCCGCAGCUCAGAGGAUGUGUCGGUCAGUCACCCAAAAGCUCGCUUCAAGAAAGGAUUCUCCCUGAGGAACAUGAGCCUGUGUGUGGUGGAUGGGGUGAAGGAGAUGUGGCACAGACGAGCCUCCCCUGAACCUGAAGGACCCUCUGUAGUUAGAAGGGCCAACGGGGGAGUAAUGGGAGCAGCAGGAGGGGGAGUGGAGGCUGCGGGGGGAGAGAAGUGGUCCAAUAAGCUGCGGCUUCCCAGAGGCUCCCAGGGCCACAAGGCUGAGAUGCUGGAGAUCCAGAGGGAGGGAGCGCUGAGGUUCAUGGUGGCCGACGACACAAACUGUAUGGGGGCUGCACAGUGGCAGAAGUGCCGCCUCCUGCUGAGGAAGACGAGGAGGGAGGAAGGAGGCGAGAAGUUCCUGCUGGAGUUCUACGUGCCACCCAAGUCCUCAAAGCCCAAAGUCAGCAUCCCUCUGUCGGCCAUCGUGGAGGUGAGGACCACCAUGCCUCUGGAGAUGCCUGACAAGGACAACACUUUCGUCCUUAAGGUGGAAAACGGGGGAGAGUACAUCCUGGAAACCAUAGACUCCCUGCAGAAAAACUCCUGGGUUGCUGACAUCCAGGACUGCAUAGACCCCGGUGACAGCGGCGAUGACAUCGAGCUGGCAUCCUGUCCUCAUGGUCAAGCCUCCAAAGACUGCUCUAUGGUGUCCUCCUGCAGCUGUGAGCUGCUCUCUGAGGGUGUGUAUCGAGCUCCGGAGAGGCCGUGUCCUACAGCAGCGGAGCAUUACAGUGCCCCCUCGGUCCGUUGCAGGGAACCCCCCUUCACACAGCACCCGUCCCACAUGCCUUUGGAGCGCUUCCUCCAGUCCCCGGAGGCUCAGAGCUCCAACUCUUCUGCAGGUGGCAGUGAAGGAGCUAAAGAGUCGGACGGGGAUGCCAGCCUGUCGAGUUACCCAUGGUUCCACGGUACACUGUCCCGUGUGCGCGCGGCUCAGCUGGUGCUGGCAGGCGGGGCCAGGAGCCACGGGCUCUUUGUGAUUCGUCAGAGCGAGACGAGGCCGGGGGAGUACGUCCUCACCUUCAACUUUCAGGGCAAAGCCAAGCAUUUGCGUUUGUCGGUGAAUGAGAACGGGCAGUGCCAUGUCCACCACUUGUGGUUCCACACCGUGUCGGACAUGCUGAGACAUUUCCACGCCCACCCCAUCCCCCUUGAGUCCGGAGGCUCUGCUGACAUCACACUACGCUCCUAUGUGCAAGUGCAGCGAAGCUCUUCAACAGAUGUGUCUCUCCCUCCCGUCCUGACCCCAACCAGGGAGACAGGCUGCCGGACUGAUUCUGCCCACACUCCUCUCCACAUUUCUGGGAUCACAGCGCCUGCAGGGCCCCCUCCUGAUGCCCCGCUCUCCUCGAGCACCUCCUCCUCACCCACCACCCUCCCCUCCCUCUCCCGCAGUGACCCGGGUACUGGAGGAGGGGUAGGAGGAGGGUUACAGAGCCGGAGCAACAGCUCUGAGCGCCUGCUGGAGGCCUCUAGCGGAGCGUCCGAGGACUACCACGACGCUGACGGGACCCGCAGGGCCCGGGCGGUGGAGAACCAGUACUCUUUUUACUAAACGACCCGGGGUGGGUUUAGUUAUGUAUCGGAGAUGACAUGGGGCGCUCUGCUGAUGAUGAAAACGUUCCAUAUCACUGGAUCACCCAUCGUUUUGUUUGUUUGUUUUAGUUUCAAGGCAAUUUCCUGUGUCUCUGAUUUAGGAAGGGUGGUGAGAUUAUGUUGAGCAGAAAGAUGAGUGUAGGCGGAGAGAGCAAUAGGAAGUCUUCAAGUGGAGUCAUAUGGCUUUGAUUCAUUUCUGCUGACCACUUCCUGUUCACCCUUACCCACAGUUCCCUGGGAGCAGAGCCUGUGUCACCCCCCUAGUGAAGGAUUGAGGGUUUGCAAUGACCCUGAAGAAACACCCCCUCCCCUCAGAGCCCCGAGAGCAUCCUUUAAUGUUUUUAAAGCUGCUUUGAGUCUAUCCCGGAUAUCCUCACUGUCCCCGCAGGGUUUCCCUAGAAAGUCCUGCCCUGGGUCUCUGCAAUCAUGGGCGUGUUAGCGUUAGCUCGGACAUGUUUUUCUUCAAACGUCUACAGCCUAAAGGGUCUUAGUGCCUGACAAUUACCUUGGACUUGAAUAGACUGUUGGUCAUAGCGUUUGCCAUCUCACAUAAACUCAAAAACCCCAAAAUGUUACGCUGGUAAUUACAAUAUCUUCAGUUUCUGCUAAAACACACUGAUCAUGCAUAUCUCAUCAUAAUGAAUUGGCUUUGUUUCUCACAGUUUCAUUAAUGGCUGCAACACA